CCGACAUAAACGCACAACGUGUCUGUCUGUAUGCUCAGAGUCCCCCAAGGCGGACGGACGGCGGACACAUGGAUGUCUUUGGGUGGCCUCUCUGGUCUCAUCCGAUCGUGGGAAAAAAGUAGAACUUUGAGAGGUCCAGCGGCACCACCACCCCCUGCUGACGAUGACGCAAUUUUCGUCGACCGACCGCUGGCGGCACUACGCCAUUCUCCGCCUCGACCCCUCGUGCGGCCCUAGGGAGCUGCAGAGGCGGUAUCGCGAGAUGGCCCUGGUAAGAAGCAUUGGCAGUGGCUGCCGUACGCGUCGCUCAUUGCCUGUGCCUUAUCUGCAGGAGCGGCACCCAGACAAGCUGGGGGGCGACACCAAGGCCUUCCAGGAGCUUCUAGAGGCCUACGAGGCCCUCACCAAGGAGCUCCAAGGCCAGUCGGUACGCAAUACAACAGCACACCAUCGAGAGGAACCGCACUGCACUGACUGAUGCGACGCCAUUCCUUCGUCUCCUCAGCCGUACCGCCACGCCCGCCGCCCUCUCACCGAGGAGGAGAAGCGAUAUUUCUUCACGGCGGAGGAAUGGGAGGAGAUAGAGAGGGAGGUCAGCAGCCACACACACUGACAGACCGAGCUUGCUACAUAUAUGUGCAUCCUUCACGGCCUUUUGUGUGUGGAUCUGUGUCACAGAAGAGGGAGAGCGCGGAGGUGGUGCGGCGGUGUCAAGAAUGCUUCCGCAAGUACGAGAAGGAGUGGGAGCGCGAUAAGGAGGCCGAGAGGACGGCGUACAUGCAGCAGCAGCAGCAGAAGCAGAAGCAGCAGCAGGCCAAGCCCCACCGCCCAUCAAGACGGUAA